AUGGGUGCCAUUCCGGAAGUCGACCCUGAGGAGCCCGUCGAGACCAAGCCUUUCAAGUUCGUCACUGCUGGUACGUAUACCCUCGAUUCCCUUGCGGCGUGGCCCGCGGCCGAGAUACGGUUUCGGACGGGUGUCUCCCGAUUAGGGCUGGGGACCAAGCACUGCUGGCAGAACUACGUCGACUACUACAAGUGUGUGAACGCCAAGGGUGAAGACUUCCGCCCAUGCCGCCAGUUCUACCACGCUUUCCGCUCUCUCUGCCCCAAGGCCUGGACCGACCGCUGGGACGGUCAGCGUGAGGCUGGCAACUUCCCCGCUCACCUUGAUAAAUAA